AUGUCAGAAGCCUACGAGCGCGAACGCCAAAACAACGCCCGCCUAGAUGAGCUCUCCGCGAAGGUCUCGGCCCUUCGCGGCGUGACCGUCGACAUCUACGACAACGCGCGCGCCCACGAGGUCAUCGACAGCACCUCCGAAACCUUCUCCUCAAUGUCGACCCAGCUCAAGGGUUCCGCCGGCCGGUUAACCCGCAUGGCCGCCUCGGGCAACAAGGUCGCCAUCCUGAAACUCUCCGGCAUCAUCAUCGGCUUCUUCAUCGUCCUCUUCUACGUCAUGAAACUCUUCUUCUGA